AGUGCAUAACUGCAGACCACGUGCCUCCGUUCCCAUUAGCAACCAGAGGCUUCUAAACCACCUACGCUCCCUCCGCAUCUUCUGCGGUCCAACCGUCCUCGGUGAUUCCAGGCUUGGCGAGUCUUUGCCUGACCUCUCUGGCUCCUUUAGACUACCGACUCCUGUCUGCUGCCUACCGCCUGCCGCCAUGGCAGAGUUGGGCCUAAAUGAGCACCAUCAAAAUGAAGUUAUUAAUUAUAUGCGUUUUGCUCGUUCAAAGAGAGGCUUGAGACUCAAAACUGUAGAUUCUUGCUUCCAAGACCUCAAGGAGAGCAGGCUGGUAGAGGAAACCUUUACCAUAGAUGAGGUGUCUGAAGUCCUGAAUGGUUUGCAGGCUGUUGUUCACAGUGAGGUAGAGUCUGAGCUCAUCAACACUGCCUACACCAAUGUGUUACUUCUGCGGCAGCUGUUUGCACAAGCUGAGAAGUGGUACCUUAAGCUACAGACAGACAUCUCUGAGCUUGAAAACAGAGAAUUAUUAGAACAAGUUGCAGAAUUUGAAAAAGCAGAGAUUACAUCUUCAAAUAAAAAGCCCAUCAUAGAUCUCACAAAGCCAAAACUUGUUCCACUUAAUGAAGGUGGAACAGCAGAACUCCUAAAUAAGGAAAUUUUAAGACUUCAAGAAGAGAAUGAGAAAUUGAAGUCAAGGUUGAAGACUGUUGAAAUACAGGCUACAAAUGCAUUGGAUGAGAAGUCAAAACUUGAAAGAGCAUUGCAAGAUUUACAGCUUGACCAAGGAAAUCAAAAGGAUUUUAUAAAGGCCCAAGACUUGAGUGACUUGGAAAACACAGUUGCUGCUUUAAAGAGUGAAUUUCAGAAGACACUUAAUGACAAGACAGAAAACCAGAAGUCUCUGGAGGAAAAUCUAGCAAUAACCAAGCACGACCUGCUCAGAGUUCAGGAGAAACUAAGCCUGGCUGAAAAGGAAUUAGAAAAGAAAUUUCAACAAACAGCAGCUUACCGAAACAUGAAAGAAAUUCUUACCAAGAAGAAUGACCAAAUCAAAGACCUGAGGAAAAGAUUGGAAAAAUAUGAACCUGAAGAUUGAAAACUGGAAAUUUCAUCUGGAAGCUGCCACAACAUGAACGUAUAAGCUGUCUCUCACCUCAGGCAUGCAUUUGGAAGCAUUUUGUCAUAUCCCUUCUUAUUUUUCUAAGAUAUAGACUUCAGUUCUAAUAUUUGGAACUAGAGUUCCUAUUUCCAGCUCUCUAGUUGAGAACAGAGAAAACCUAGUGAUUCUGGCUGGUCGUCCCUCACACCUCUCUACCGAAUGCUCGAGAGUCUUAGUUCACAUGCGGUGAGAAUUCCUUACAGUAAAGAGAUUUUUGAAGUGGGAAGAAGAGUCUUAUCUUUUUGCAUUAGUAUAUAGAGUAUAUCUUUUUGAUAAAUGUUAGAGAAGUUAGUAGUGUCUAUACUUGUGUAUUACUCGAGUAAAAAUAAACAGUGUUAUUAAAGAUUAUUAUUACAAAUAAAUAUUCAUCUUUUUAUUUUUAAAAAUGAAA